CCACAUAGGUACUCCAUCGUCCGCAAUUAGUCGUAUUGUCUCUUCUGUAAAUCAUAAAUCUUUUCUAUUGUUACGCUCUUUUUUGUCGUCAACCUGUUGUUGAUCUUGCGACCACACUAGUUUGAGUUCAAUAAUAACGGCUUCAAUAAGAAACCAGUUGUUUUGUAUAAACAUUUUUAAAUAGUUACGUCAGUUUCCCCAUUUUAUUAUAUUUAUGAUCUUGUUUUGUGUUCUUUAUUAGGAAAUCAGUCGUAUAUUUUGUGAAAAAUAUAUUUUUAUAAUUUAGAUUAACUGUAUAACAACGGUAUACUGGGGUUUCUCUAACACAAAUAUAAAGUACAGUUAUAGAGGUAAAUUUAAACGUUCCAAGCAUUUAUCUGUGCCAUUAAAUUUUUCAAGAUUGAGAGUUAAAAUAACCUAGUCAUGGCUAGUUAUGUGUUCGUUUGUAGUGGCUAAUUUUUGUGUGUGUCGCUUAUGUGUCGUGGCAGCCUGCAGUACGUACAGCAUCAGCUCGAUGGACGCGCUUUGGGAGAAGCAUCCGCGCCGCCUCAGCGAGGCAGGCCUCAGAAGGUCUUCAGGUAAUCACCGAAUCAUCACUGAACAUUCUAAUAUCACAAAGAACUUCAAUUAUUAGAAGAAACGGUUCUCAUUGUAUUUCCCCUAAAAUUUUUAUGUUCCAUAUCAUAUCAAAACUACUGCCGCAUCUCGAAAGAUAUUUAAAAAAUUGUAUAUCAGCAAAACAGUGCGAUACCUUUUCUACAAUUGCUUUGCCUGUUCUAUAUUUUCGUUACUUGAUUAAAUAUGGUUUUGUUAUGAAUGUGAGCUUAUUUCGUCUACGAUAAGAUAUGCAGCCAUACACUUCAGAUUAUCAUUCCAUCACGUAUUGUUGGCCGAUUAGCAAAAGGUUUUGCUUGCUUGAGGUGUUUGUUUUGUUACCUAUGCACUAUAGAAAUAGGGAAGCGCAUGUUAUUUUCUUUUUCAAAUCGGAAAUCGUAUUAAUUUACAAAUUACAGUGUUUCUUCAAAGUCAAAUGCAGUUUGUGAUGAUAUCUAUAAAGUUGACUGGCGAAAGUUAACAAUUGAAAUGAAAUGCAACAAUAUGCAAACAGGCUUGCAAAUGGUCACGGCGGCCGUUGCACUUACACACAACGGUAUUCAAGACGUGUGCACAUCACAGUGCGAACCGAAUAUGGAACGUUGAGAAACCAUGCAUAUUCAAAUGGCUAUAAAUUUCAAUCACCUUGACUUGACUACUUUCCUAUUGUAUUUCUGCUAGUGAUAUUGCCGACUCUAUAAUCUUGGAUAUAAAAAUGUUAGCAUGCUUAUUCAUUAUGAUUAUGUAUUUCUAAACUUUUAUCAUGUUUCAGAUCAUAGUGUUAUAUUAACCGAAGAUACCGAUAGCUUUAUUAUCGGAGAGCGCGUUUGGGUGGGUGGAACAAAGCCUGGUCAGAUCGCUUAUAUCGGCGAAACUCAGUUUGCUCCUGGAGAAUGGGCUGGAAUUGUCCUCGAUGACCCAAUAGGCAAGAACGAUGGUUCAGUAGCUGGAAUUCGUUAUUUUCAAUGUGGGGAAAAAAGGGGCGUAUUUUCUCGCUUGACUCGACUUACAAGGAUUCCUCUUGUAACGCACGCGCCUCACGAUGCUUCGCCCGUAUCCGAUGCUGGCAGUGUAUUUGAGCGUCCGCCAUCCGGCGCUUCGCGUGCUCGACGAACGGCGUCACCAAAUGGCAGCGUUCGUAGCUUUGUCAGCAGUAAAAUGAAUGCUUCGAUCUCGACAACGACCAAUGGAGAACUUCGUUUAGGCGACCGCGUUAUUGUAUCGAGCAGUCGCGGAAGUAAAGCCGGCACAUUAAGAUUUGUUGGAAAUACGGAAUUCGCUUCUGGUGUUUGGGCUGGUGUCGAACUAGACGAUCCAUUGGGAAAGAACGAUGGUUCCGUUGAAGGGAAAAGGUACGACUUAAUAACUUUUAUAAUUACAUUUAUCGUACAGCAGAUGUUGGCAGUUUCCAUUUCCAGGUACUUCGAGUGCGCACCACGCUUCGGCCUGUUCGCUCCAAUCGGGAAGGUGUCGCGGUCUCCAUCAAACCGCAAACCAGGCGCUUGUGCGAUACACAGUAAUGGUCGCGCAACGCCUCUACGGCGGUCGAACUCCCGGGAAUCUAUCACAUCUUUAGGGACGUCGAUUGCGUCGUCCCGCGCGGGGGUGAGGCUCGGGGUGACGUCGCUCGGCGCUCAGCGAGUUGGUGGUCCAAGAGCCUCGUCCACCCCGGUCUCGGCGAAGAAUGCCCUGCAGGAACUACUUCGUGAGAAGCAGCAUCACCUGGAGAGGUUAAUGCGAGAACGGGAGUUGGAGCGAGCCGAGGUGGCCAAAGUGUCUCUACAAGCGGACCGAGCUGAAACUGCGCUUGCGCACCUUCAGAAACAAGCCACCGAAACCACCACAGAGAACGAAAAACUGAAGCAAGAAUUAAGUAAACUCAACAAGCAACUUGAAGAUGAGCGGCAGAAGGUUGAAGAUCUCAUGUUUAGAAAUGAAGAGGAGAACAUUAAUAAAGAAGACUACAACCGAUACAAAGAAACUAUGGAGAAAGAGAAAGCAGAACAUCUACAACGCAUUCGAGAACUGGAAGCAGAGGCGGUGCUGCAAGCUGCCCGCGCAGACGCAACAGCUUCGACACUUCAAGCGCUCGAGGAUCAACGAAGUGCUGAAAUAACGGCCAUGUUGGAACAGCACAAAGAGGAACUUACAGCAGCGCAAACUUUGUCGUCCGAACUACAAAAACUACUAGAUGAAGCUUAUGCACUUCUUAAAGAGAAAGAGCAAGAAAAAGAUUCGCUAGGCAAAAGUAUGUCGGAGGAACUUGCAAAACUUAAAGCAGAUUCUGACAAGGCGCUCGGUGAAGCUAAAACUAAAAUGGCUAUUGCGAAAACUGAAUUUGAAACCCAGUUGUCGGUCCUCACGGCGAAAUUGCAAUUAGCAGAAUCAAAAUUGGAAACUGAAAAACAGAACUUGGAAAAGUUAAACAAAGAAAAUAGCCAAACGAUCAUAGAUUUGAAUUCUAAACUCACUCAGCUUCAGGCGGCCGUUGAUGAUAAAACUCUUGAAUUAAACAAAGUGAUGGGUGCUAGUAAAGAACACGAAGUUAAUCUUAAUAAAGAAAUAACAAAGCUGAAAAUGGAACUUAGUGCCAAAAUAUUAGAUUUAGAACAAAUAGAAGAUACUAAAAAGAAGCAAGAGAUGGCUUUUAAAUAUUUACAGGAAGAAAUAGCUCGUGUUAAAGAAGAACAUUCUCUUAAAGUAAAUGAGUAUGAAAGUUUGUUGAGUGAAGUUACACAGCAAAAUGAAAAGAACAAAACGGAAAUAUCUGAGUUACAAAAUAGUCUUUCUUCCAAAACAAAAGACUAUGAAAGGUUACUUUCAGAGUCUAAUAAUUCUACUAGUUCAUCAGAAAAACUCAUUAAUGAAUAUAAACAAAAUAUACACGAGAGAGAUAAAGAAAUAAUAAAACUGAAAGAUGAUUUUGAACAGGCUACAGCAAGUUUUAAUAUUAAACAUAGUAAAAUAGCGGAAGAACAUAAAAAAGAAAUCGAAGAACGAAAUAAUAAAAUAGACCAAUUGAUGAAAGAGAUAGAAAAUCAUAAACAAGUGCUGGAUCAAAGCAAAAUUGAAUUUGAUAAUCUAAAUUCACAGUUUAACACUAAUAUCGAUGAGUUGAAAAAAUUAAAGGAAGAAAAUGAAAGUUUAAAACAAACCAUUAAGGAGUUGUCUGAAAACAAUAAUAAUCUUAAAGCCAAAAUAUCUGCUAUGGAAUUAGAAGUCGGUGAGCAUAAGCGUCAAUUUGAUAGUACGUUGGAAAAAUGUAAUGAAUUACAAAAAGCUAAAGAGAAAAUAGAAACUGAGUAUAUGAAUUUGACAGGUCAAGCAUCAGAUUCCAAUGAGCAGUUCAAUAAACUUACACAACAUCUAAAAGAAUCUGAAAAAGAAUUACAGGAAUUUAAGGACAAAUUCAGAGAAGCCGCAAAUAAUCAUGGUAGAAUAGAACAAGAGUUAAAACAAAAAAUGUUAAAACUACAGGAAGAUUUUUCUUUGGAACGAAGUCAUCUGGUGCAAUCAGUUGAUGUAAAAAUUGAGAAAUUAAAAGAAGCAGAGACAAAAAUCAAGGAAAUUGAAUAUCAUAUUACACAAACAAGCAACCACGUAAAAGAAUUAGAAUGCAAUAACGAUAAGCUUUUAGACGAAAACACUAAUUUAAAGCAAGAAAUCGAAAGUCUAAAACAAAAGGAACAAGAAUUAAAUAACGAAUUUGACGCGAUUCGAAAAAAAAUGGAAGUAGAGAUUGAUCAUUACAAAGAAGAAAGCAACAUCUUAAAGGCAGAAGGAGCUACAUCAGAAGUAAAAUUAAUGGAAAAGGUAGACCAAUUGACGGAAGCACAAAAUGAUUUAAAUAAUAAAUUAGAAGAGGCAAGGAAACAGGAAGAUUCCUUACAAAAGAUACUUAAUGAUAUGACAAUACAAUUGACCAGUCAAAAAUCACAACAUGAAAAUGAAACUUCUGAAUUCCAAAAUAAAGUAGUUGUUUUAACUGAAGAAAUGAAUAAUCAAAAGGCACUGGAGAUUGAAAUUAAGCAACAGUUAGAAGACAAACAGAAUGUUAUUAAAGAUCUAACUUUAAAAUUGGAAAUGCUCGAAGUGGACUUUAAAUCUAAUUUAGAAAUUGUCAGUGAAAAAGAUCGUCAAAUAGCGAAAGUAAAUGAAGAACUUGACAGAGUAUUAGAGAUUAAAAAACAACUGGAAGAUAAACUAAACAGCGCGACAAUGGAAGCAUCUUCUUUCAAACAAAAAUACGAGAGUCUUAUAGCCAAUUCUUCCGCAGAAGAAUCACUAUUAAAGGAUCAGCUAACACAAAUAGAGCAAAUGAAAAACGAAAUAACAAUUCUAAUGCAGGACAAAUCAAACCUCGAUACUAAAUGUAGUGAAAAUCUAAGCGAACUGACUAAACUUAAAGAAGAAUCCACAUUAGUUAACAAUAAACUAAAAGAAAAUAUUGAUGUAAAUAGUGAAUUAAGUAAAUUGUUGGAAGAAAAGGACCUUUUGUUAAAAUCGCACAAUGAGCAAAAUGAGACUGAGAAAUCUAAAAUAAAAGUAUUAGAAGAAGAAAUCAAUGUGCUAAAACAGGAAAUAAUCACCAAAAACACAACAAUAGAAGAAAAAGUAUUGCAGUUACAAAAAGUUAAUGAAUCAUUACAGACUGGUACAAGCGAAACCCAGGAAACUAUUAAACGACUUCAAAACGAAAAUCUGCAGUUAAAUGAACAGUAUAAAUCGGAAAUUGAAUCUCUAAACAGUAUCACAAAGUCGUUACAAACCAAGCUUACCGAAAAAGAAAAAGAAAUUGAGGAAUUAGAAAAAACAAAACAGAAAAUAAUCGAUUUAGAACAACAAGUCGUUAAGUCAGAAAAAGACAUCAAGCAAUUAACCAAUAUCAAUGAGGGGCAAAAAACUAAUUAUGAAGAAUUAAAUAAACAGCUACAAAAGGAAUUCGACGAAUACAGAAGAGAAAGCAAGCGUACCAAACAUGAUUUAAAAGCCAAAUUGAAUGAACUUGAAAAGGAAAUAGAGAAAUCCAAAGAAAAAAAUGAAACUGAAGCCAAAAAGCACAUACAACUUCUACAAAAAUUAAAUGACACGGAAAAGCAUAAUUUAGAUUUAGUUCAAAAAUUAGAAUUACUUGCAGUUAAGCAAACUUCUGACGUAGAAAAAGAGAGUAAGCUAGAGAAACUAACGUUAGAACUGCAAGCAAUGAGAAAAUCGAGUUCAGAAGCAUUAGCAAGUAGCGAAAUAAUAGUGAACAAUCUUAAAUCAGAACUUGAUAACAAUAUAAGAAAUUUGAAACAAAAAGAUGAGUUUGUGACGAAACUACAAGAAGAAGUUAAGAAUUUAAAGGCCAAAGUAGAAAUCGCCGAAAGAGAGAAAGUUUUAUUACAAAAGGAAAUUGCGACAAAAGGCAGUGACGUACGAGACAAAAAUGACAACAGCGCUAUGGGUAUUUUGGGACAAGGUGAUAAUCCAUCGCAAAAGACUAUAGAAGAAAAAGAAGUGAUCGAUGGUCAAGUGAGUUUCCUGAACUCUGUGAUAGUAGAUAUGCAGCGGAAGAACGAACAAUUAAUGGCACGUGUGCAAGCGCUAGAGGGCGCCAAUGUCAUCAGCGACUCUCCUAUCUUUAAUGGUCGGAAGCUGCGCGCGGUCGCACCGCGUUUAUUCUGCGACAUAUGCGACGUAUUCGACGCUCACGACACGGAGGACUGUCCGAAGCAAGCGGCGGGGGAGGGGGAGGGGGCGCCGCCGCCGGGGCCGCGCCGCGCGCCCCCGCCGCCGCGCCCGUACUGCGACAUAUGCGAAGAAUUCGGACACGCAACAGAGAACUGUGACGAAGAAGAAACUUACUAA